GAAUUCGUUUCGAGCUCGCCGUGUCAUCGCAAUUCUGUAUAUUAAAUGUAAAAAUGUCUGGGUCUGGAAGAAUGCAGCUUGUCAUGCUAAAUCUGAAGCAUGCAAAAAUCUGUGUUGCAUGAUUACCAAAAGUCGUCCAGUUUUGACCAAGCCGGGAGGGAGUUUCUCAUGCAGGAUAGGCGUAAGAGAGAUCGCACAGAAUCUGUUAUGCUAGGUGCUGCGUUCCAGGCUUCAUGGGUCAUGGAAAAGCUGCGUGACAAAUCGCGCACUCUUCCAGACCCAGACACUUUUACACUUGAUGCUGUAGGCUUCUGAUUCGUGAGGGAAUUCGUUUCGAGCUCGCCUCGUCAUCGCAAUUACGUAGGCCUGCUGCCAACUCAGAUUCUUCUACGGGGCAACAGAAGGAUAUGGAAAAGUCGUGGUUUUCAAGAACAUCCUCGCUAGAUCUAGAUGAGCAGUAGAACAUAUUUCUUUUUUACGUGGUUUCAUAAGUCUCAUUUACAACUUCAACUUCUUUUCUCGCGAAUUUAAGUAAGUACAGCUAUAGCACAGCUUUUUAGCAAGCACUAUGUUGCAGGACACCUUGUUCACGGGAGCUGCUGCUGCUUCCGCUUCGCAACUGGAUCACGACAACCCGUUUUGUGUUUUCGACUACCCCGGUCACACGAUUCGCAGGCCGCCCUUCGCCGAAAACUAUGUCGUCUAUGAAAGUGCGCAAGUUCUUUAUCCUUUGUUCCCCCUAAUUUGUAUGGCAUCGGAGCCAGCAGCAACAGAGUACACCCCAGCAAACAUCGCGCCUGAUGUCCAUGUGCAUGGCAAGUUGACGGCGCACCGAGUGCCGUAUUGGUACUGUUUUGGCUAGUACAGAGAAAAUUUGUCGUGCAAAUAACGGUCCUCGACCUCGUCGUGCCACAGUAAGUGGAUUUGGAAUUUUUGCAUGACAAAUGCAAAUGAGAGACGUGAGGGACGUCGAGAGCAGUUGUGCACUCUCAUAUCGUCUCUACGGACCUCCCACAGUGGCUGCGGAAGCACCUGGACUCGAUGACGCAUGCAGAUUCGCGGGGGAAUAAAAGCGAUAUAAUCGUAUCCUAAGCACGAACGUGCCCACCCCAUAGUCAAGUUCUUGGGAAUCUAGCAACACAAAUCUCCAAGUUUCGGUUGCUGUGAAUGACAAGUUUCCCUCUGCAGUACACUCGUGGAGCUGCGCAUUACAACAAAUCGAUUCCUGUCAUUGCGCAUGUGCAUGACAACUCUGGGCAGGUGGGGACGUUUUUACCCAGGAUAUAUCGGGGAGCAACAUUCAACCGAGGCCGAGGCCUCCAUCAACGAUCACCCGCUCUUGGUUUUCAAGCAGCCACUGAAAAAAGUCCAUGUCAUAUCCAAGAAAAAAAACAUUGUAGGUGUAACCUUUUUGCAGGAACAGCAUUACAAAUCUGUACGGCACGAUAGCAAGAACCUGUAAUGCGCAGAUAGUACGUGAAAACGCCCUUUAAUGGGCCCUACGAUGCAUGCCAAGCAUGACAGACGCAAUCAUCUUGCAUGUUGCGCAUGACAAAUUUACACCAACAGCGUUUUUUUCUUGGAUACGUCACGCUCGAGGAUGCCUCCGACGACGCACAUCACCACUACCGGAAAACAUAUCCUGUGUAAAAGUAUUGUACUCGUAGUAUUAUUAAUCGCAGUCAUGCAUUACAUAAGGCAGAUCCGCAUUACAAAUUUUAUUUCUCAUGCUGAGUACAACAUUUGUUUUUGUAAUGCAUUUAUACGAGUGCGAUACUUUUGCAAUGCAUAAAACACUCUGGGAGGCGUAUUUUGAUCAGACGGAAACGGUCAGCGGUGGCUCCAUGCAAGUAUGCAUCGCAAAUAGUUGUCAGGGUCUGGAAGAAGUGAACUUGUGAUGCUGGCCUUGUAUUUUUCCAAGAAAAUCUGUAUUGCAUGUCCCACAAAUUACCCGCAGCGUUCUUUGUCGUGCAAAAGGGCGACUUGCAAUGCGCGCUGCGAAUGGGAUUGGGACAGCGUUGAAAGAACUUGUCAUGCUUGGCUGCAUUGGCAAGCGUUUCAGUGAUCUGCACUUCAGGAUCACAACUUUCCAGACCCGGACAUUAUAUUUGCAGUGGAUAGCAGGUGGCGCAAAACAAGUUCCUUGACCUGCCUCCUGGCGGUUUAUCACAGUGAAAAAUGCCCCAGCAUUUGUAUUGCAAACAUUCCCAAACAAAACAUUCGUCCUCUUGCAUCUAUCAGCAUCACAGACUUUCGAUCGUGAAUAGCAGCAAUUUGUAUUGCACAAGAUCCCAGCAAGAGUGGCGCUUGUCAUGCACGCGAUGCAGUUUACCUUUACGCCUAGAAUCCGCAUCUUUGAGAUUCAUAAGUACUCCUUUCAUGCAUGACAAAAAGAUUUCUUUUGGAAACUUCGCACCACAAAUAAUUGCACCUCUGGGGGUGGGGGCGUUUUUCACUGCAAUACGGUUUCCAAGCUAUUCUUCCCGGAGGGCAGGUACAGGGAGCGCACCCCUAUUGAGAGGAAAAGUCCCCCCUUACGUUUAGAAAAAUUUGUGUUGCGGAUUUGAGAUCACAAAUCACAUCUGUCUUGCAAGAAGGCAAACCCAAAGAAUCCGCCGCAUUAUGGAGGCGAUUCGUAAUGCUGUUUCACCUACAGGGCAGGCCUCUCUUAUGCCAAGCGCCUACAACAAAACAAUCCGACGCUGGCUGGGGCUUUGCCUGUAGUGUCUCGCUGCGAGACAAGACUGAUUCGUGUACACAAAUCCAGCAACAGAAGUUUGCGCUUCAAUAUGGGGAGGGGGGAUUUUUUAUUUUGAUAAGCGCGAGGGGACCACGAGUACCGUCGUACCCGCGCACGCCCCUGUCAUCGACCACGAAAGGCGGAACACGUUGAAACUGCACGUCACGGGCGAAGGCGUGUUCGCGCACGAGCUGGCAGACAGCGGUCUGGGAAUCGGACCAAAAUUGUCUGAUGACGUCGACGAGGAGCUGUUUUUCGACGUUUUGAAGUCCCCAAGAGUGAAGUGCCCCGACAUGGUGGACGAGCAUCCCUUGGCGAUGAGGAUUUUUUGACAUACGGAAGAAAAAAAACCGUAAAUCUAUGUUUGAAAGUGUAAGUCUGUAAAUAGUACUAUAGCAAUCGAAAGCAUGCGGUGCACCAGCUAUUGGGC